AUGUCUGAAUACAACAAUAGUAAUCGUGCCUUCCUCCAGGCGUUCAUGGCACGCUCGUCAAUGACCUUUGAAGAAGCGCAACCCAUUCUAGCUGCAAUAUUAACAGUAUCUGAGGGGCGAACAGUGGAACCUGACGAGGUUGAUGAAGACCAAUUCUCUGAGUUCAUCUCCGCCGCCAACACCGCUGUGUCACCUUUCGACCUCGAAAUUAGAAGCGCAAUGCCACAAAUCCCACAACCAGCCCAGCAAGAUGCCGCAGCCACAGCGCCGAAGCGAGUGUAUGCGCUUGUAAAUACUACGAGUGAUGCUUUGACACAGCUCGCGACCACUUAUUCUCCGGACGAGAUCGCGUUUCUCAAGCGCUUGCUUGACUACAUGUUUAUGGCAAAUAAUACACGACUAUGUGAAGCAAUGGUAGCUUCACAAAUGCAAGCUGUCCAACUCCAUAAGGCCCCGUCUAGCGAACGGCAACCCACGAGCAACGAUUCGACGCAGACCCAAACCGCAGCGGUACAAUCAUUGCGUAUGACCCAAGCAGAAACCAUGAUUAUCCACUUGAUUGAAGAGGGCUGGCUGCAGAAGAGCCCGAAGGGCUACCUUAGCCUCACGCCACGAGCACUGAUGGAGUUACGGGGCUGGUUGGUCUCGACGUAUAACGAUGAGAGUUUCGAUGGGCGACCCAUGGAGCGGAUCAAGAAUUGUGCUGCUUGUAAAGAGAUUAUUACUGUGGGGCAACGCUGUGCAAACAAUAAAUGCAAAGGUCGACUCCAUGACCAUUGCACGCGCAAUUUCUUCCGCAUGCAACAGGCGGAGAGAUGCCCUGUGUGCAAAGAGGACUGGCCCGGUGAUAAAUUCGUGGGUGAGAGAGCGCUCACUGUGCACUCGAGGCCAAGCAACGCUGUUCGACGACGAAGGGAGUCCUCGUCUGCUGCGCCUAGUGUGCCUGGAGAAGUUUCCGAGGAUGAGAAUGAUGAAGAAGAGACUUGA